AUGUCAAGAGGACAUCUAGAAUAAGUUUAUAAUUUUUUCCCUCAAGAUUCCGGUCAAAAUAUUCAACUAACAUCCAGGUUAAGUAUUUACUAAUAAAAAGGAGUGAUAGGAGGUGUAAAAAACCCGGGAUCUUCAACUAUAAACCAUUGCGAACCCAGCUUUCAUAACUGAAAUAACUCGUAUCACUUGUAUUUGUUGAGUUAUCUCAGUUUAUAAUUUAUUUCCACUGUAUAAAUGUAAUAAAAAAUGUGGUUAUGCAAACUAUCAACUUUUUCAGAGCAGCGAGGGUAGUGUAGACAGCUCCUGGGCCUCACAGUACUCAGUAACAAGGACCCCAGUGGAAAUAAAUCUCUCUAUUUUGGGUAUUUCCUCCCAAGUGUCAUCUGUGUGAAGAGGUAACUACUGACUUAUAGUAAUGCUGCAACAACUUGCCUAAAGUUAACAUGAAUUGGGUUGGUGGAGUCCGUCGGCGAGUGCUGUUAAGAGAGGAAGAACGUCGCCGCCAGGAGCAGUUCUUUGCUGCACAUGUAUCUUCUGCAAGACACCGGAAUAGGAUAUCUCAGGGAAGCAGUAGUAUUAAGCCUGGGUAUGUGUCCUACCUUGCAGAAUCGUCAGAAAAACUUCAGCCGGCUGGAACCAUGCCCCUACGACCUAGAACAGGGUCUCAAAGGUGGAGAAAUGAGGAGAUGGUCUGUAAGCGAAUUAAACAAGGUUCUGCUUCCUUGAAUUACAAAGUUGAAAAGCAAUGUAACGUUAAAAUAAGUAACGCUGCAGCCAGUAGUGAGUGUGAAGGAAAGAAAGUGCCAUCACUUCUUGCAGAUAAUGUACAUCAUGGAAGUAACACACUUUCUGGUAACUCAAGAGCUCGUCGUAUUAAGCCAACAUCCAUCCAUGGACCAUUUUCAAAGUUUUUAUUAAAGCUGGAAAUGGAAGGUAUUGAGAAGAAGUCACAGCAGCAAGAUUUACUUAGAAGUUCAGAAGGGAGACAGCCAGAGAUCUCUGGUAACAGAAGACUAUUUGAAGAAUCAGAGAGUGAGAGAGAGAGAAGAGAAACUGGAAAUCAUGAGGGUAAUGAUGAAGAAAUGAAAAUAAGGAAUAUAGAUACAGUGGUCAAGAGUAACAUAAAUUAUAAAUCUGAAAAUAUUUUACGAGACAGAAAUAAAGAUGGCAAGAAUACCAAGAGUGAAAAUGGUAAACUGGGAGAGAAAGGUUUCAAGAAUAAGGAAAAAGAAGCAACUGAAAUUCACAGCAAGAAUAAGAAAAGUGAAAUUAAAGUGGAGUUGACAGAUGUGAAUAAAAAAUCCAACUUUAUCCACAGAACUAAAACUGACAAAACAGAAAAUAGAAAAAAUAAUUAUGGCAUUCAACAGAAUUACUGCAUCAGUAAAAGUAAAAAACACAAAUAUAAUUUGAAAGAGACAGAAGAUAAAGAAAAAAUCAGAGAAGACACUUUUAGAGAAAAUAAAGUUGAGAAGGAACUUCAUGCAAAGUAUGAAACUCAGAAAAUAAAAAGUCAUAAAAACACUAAAAAUAGAGUAACUGACAAAACAAAAGUUGAUAAAAGACAGAAUUUGUUAGAUAAAGAAAUAAUACAAAAAAAUUGCACAGCAAAAAAAAUGACUGAAGAACUGGGUAACAAGGAACACUUGAGACAUACAAGGAAUAAAAGUACUGAGACAUGUGGAGAUUUAAAUUUAAAACUAAUGGACUUAAGAUCUAAACAGACAAAUUUGGAUUUAUCAGAAACCAAUAAUUCAAAACUAGAUAAGAAAGAUGAGAUGAAAGGAGAGGAGAGGAAUUUUUAUUUAAGAGAAAGAAGUGCACAGAUGAAAAAAGGUAAGCAAAAGAAUAAGGAUAGCAAAUCUGACGCACUUCAAAUGUCAUCCAGAAAUCCUGUAUGUGGUAAAAAUAAAAACAAAGUAGUUAGUAGCAUUCCAGUACCAAGUCUUCUGAUUGGGGCUCCGCGUGUAAGACAGAUGCUUUCAUUGAGUCCUAAACGACACAAAGGAAGGAUUUGGGCACCAUUGAACUUGCCCCAAGAGCCCUUUUUAGGGAAAGAUAAUGGAAAUAAUGACGGAUGUGACUCUGAAGAAAAAUAUAAGCAUCAAAAGUGCAGAUGUAUGAAAGAUUGUGGUAGUACUGGCAGCAAGGAAAACAGUGAAUGGGAAGAAAGGCGCUUAGAAAUGCUUUUGGGUCCUCGGCUUCACAAUUCACCAGGUGUUUGCUCUAUUCCAUGUGAUAUUCAGAGGAACAGUGAUCAAAUAAAAAAUCUUGAUGCAUUUGAACAAUCACAUAGCAGAGAUGUAAUGCCACUUUUGAGAGCUUCUUCAGUGGAAAAUGAUGAACAUUUAAAACCAAAAGAAGCAAGUAAUGGUUCUAAAAUGUUUGAAAACUCAUUACCUCUAGAUGUAAGAAGACUCGGAAAAAGAAAGCUGCAAAUAAUUUAUAAAAAUAUUGAUAAGAUUCAAGAGGAAAUUUCUCAAAAAGUGUUGCAAAAUAAGCCUAAACUUAGCUCAUUUACUCGCAAAAUAGAAAAAGUUGAAGGUGGCUUGAGCUUUGCUCGUCAAAGAAAGGAUAAAACUCCAUAUAUGGAUAAGGGUUUCAGUACUCCCUGGAAUUUAAGUAAAUUAUUUAAUACUUCGAAUAGUAGCAAAUCUUCAUCUAAAACUCCCUCUGAUCCUACACUGGAGAGAUCACAAGAGGAUCCUUUUGGAAGUCAAGGAGGAUCAGAGCUCUGCAAUGCUACUGCUGAUCAUACAACACAAGUUUUGUUGAAUUUUGACAAUCGUGAAGAGCCUGAAGAAAAUAGCAAAAGCAGAGCUAGGGAAAUUAGUUCAUAUUUCUCCUUAAAUCAGGUGUCUACUGAGAAAACUAGAUUAUCCUCAACUCAUAGAGAGGAUGAAAUGGAAAAUGUUAUUACAAGUUGUGUAAGCAAAAAAGAUAACAGCUCAUCAGUAGAUUUAGAUAAGAGCCCAGAUAUAGAUGAUUGUGCAUUUUAUCAUACCAGUAAGAAGAAUAAGUUUCCUUCUGAUCAGUUGAACGACAAAAUGCCAGAUUGUGCAAAGAGCGAGUCUCAGGCUCUCAUGUGUGGUACGCAAGUUCAUUGUUUCAAGUCUUUUCCUGUAAACUCUCCACAAAGUUGUUUCCAACCUUUAAGCAGACCUAAACAUCACAUCUCAUGUAAUAAUGAUUAUUACCCACAGGCUGUAGCCUAUGAUGGUCAUGUUUUUCAGACUGAUAGAGAGCUACCCUAUAUAUCUGGUGAAGAAACCAAUUUACAAGGUGUUUUUCUUAAGGAUGUGAACCCUUCACAUACUUUGAAUAGAGAUACUGUAAGUUCACAGAACUUCAGUAACUUAAUUAAUGCAUCACAGUCACAUGUCAGGAAGAAUGUCGUAUUACACAGUCAAGCAGAAACAUGCUCUUUGUGGUCUUCAAGUAAUGAUCAUGCAUUUUCAAACAGUUGUAAAAAUGAAAUACUGAAGACAGAAACUUCAUCCAAUAAUUUCUUCACUUCAUAUAACCUUAAUAAUGAAGCACGAGUUCCAGUUAGGGAAAGAAGCUUUUUACUUGCUCCUUGGUAUGAGACUGAUUCAUUGCAGGCUUCAGAUAUUCACUUAGCUAAUAGAUCAACAGGAAUGCAAUGUGAAACAAAUUCAACUCAGUUUACAUCACAGUUAAAUUCUUCGGAAGGUACAAUGCAAGACACGUACAAAAAGCAAGGCUACUCACAUCUGUUGGCUACUGUCCAACAGACUCCAUCUGUUAACAUCACAAGUACUGUUUCACAUAAUGUCGUAAAUCUAAUGCCAGAAGGGAAGUGUAAUCUUGUAAGCAAAUGGAUGGACACUGCACAAGAAAGAGAACCUGAUAGUUCUCAGAUAACUUUCAAAAAAGAUAUUUGUUCUAGUGCGUCUCAAAAUAUUUUAUAUUCUGACGUGACAGGCAACAAUAUAGAGCCUCAUGAUUACUGUCAGAAUGUGAAACAAAUGAGAUAUUCCAAUGAACUGGAAGGAUCUGUGAUCCAUAAUGAGACUGUGAUGAAUUAUGAUAACAGUAGCACCAGGGAAGUUGUUGGUGAUGGCGAUCAUCUUCAAACUGAGCAAGAAUAUAAAAAACAGAAAUAUGCAUUUAUUAACAGUGAGGAUGUUUUUAGAAACAGAUUUAUGAAGGAAAACUUUGAUAGUUCACUUUUCGUAAGAGAAGAGAAUGGACAAAAUCCCAGCGAGCUUCAUGACCUUAAGAUAUCCGAAAAUAAUAUAUGUAUUGAAAAACUUGGGCAUGAUUCCGAGAGAAUCAGCAGUAGUUUUAAGGAUAACACAAAACAUUCUAUAAAUACAGCAGUAGACAAAGCAAAGUUACAAGAAUUACACUCUGCAUAUUUUUUAGGAAAUAACACACACAAAUUAAUUUCUGAAGAGGGAGCUGCACAAUUCCUAGGCAGUGGGAAAGAUUGGGGAGAAGUGAGGAGUAGAAUUCUGAAUACGCAUGCAGAUAAAGAGUCGAAAUUGCCAACAGCAGCAAAAGUUAAAGGAGAUAAUAUAAUUCAGAUUACAAAUAACAAAUUAAAUAAAAUCUCUGGGGAAUGUUCUCAGGAUAAUACAAGGCAAGUUGAAAAUUUUACUUCAGAUAUGACCCUGAAAAACUUCAAACAAAAUACUGGUAAAGAAAGUAAUAGGCAGUCAUCAACCACUUCUAGAGAUGUCAGGAGCACUUUAGAAGAGCUGUUUACCAGGAAUGAGUUAGAAGAAUACCAGAGUGACCACCAAGACAUAGACUUAGAGCUAGCUGCCCAGCAAUUUAAAGAGGUAAUACACCUCAGAGAUGAUGAUCUUCAAGAAGUAUCUUUGAUUGGUACUCCUCACACCUCCUAGCUCUUGUCAUCAGUCUCCCCCAAACAUCUAGACUUAAAAGUAUAAAUAGUACUUUUGUUCUUUUAGGAUUAUUUAUUAUUAUAAUCAAAAAGAAACACUAAGCCACAAGGGCUAUACAGCUGUUCUUUUAGGAAGUUGCAGUUCCUCUAGAUUUUUUUUUUUUUGUAACAUCGCUGUUUCCCACCGAGGCAGGGUAACCUAAAAAGAAAGAAAAAUACUUUCAUCAUCCAACACUUUCACCAUCACUCAUACAUAAUCACUGUCUUUGCAAUGGUGCUUCAGAUACGACAGUUUAGAAGUAUGUACCUCCCAACUGCCACUAUCCUAAACCCCUCCUUUAAAGUGCAAGCAUUAUACUUCCCAUUUCCAGGACUCAAGUCCAGCUAACUGGUUUCCCCUGAAUCCCUUCACAAAAUAUUACCCUGUUCACACUCCAAUAGCUCGUCAGGUCCCAAAAACCAUUUGCCUCCAUUCACUCCUAUCUAACAUGCUCACGCACGCUUGCUGUAAUCCAAGCCCCUUGCCCACAAAACCUCCUUUACCCCCUCAAUCCAACCUUUUUGAGGACGACCCCUACCCCGCCUUCCUUUCCCUACAGAUUUAUAUGCUCUCCAUGUCAUUCUACUUUGAUCCAUUCUCUCUAAAUGACCAAACCACCUCAAAACAAGCCCUCUGACUAAUACUUUUAUUAACUCCACACCUUCUCCUAAUUUCCACACUCUGAAUUUUCUGCAUAACAUUUACACCACACAUUGCUCUUAGACAGGACAUCUCUACUGCCUCCUCGCCGCAGCAUUUCCCAAGCUUCACACCCGUAUAAGUGUGUUGGUACCACUUUACUUUCAUACAUUCCCUUCUUUUGCCUCCAUGGAUAAAGUGUCUUGUCUCCACAGAUACCUCAGUGCACCACUCACCUUUUUUCCUUCAUCAGUUCUAUGGUUAACUCCAUCCUUCAUAAACCCAUCUGCUGACACGUCAACUCCCAAAUAUCUGAAAACAUUCACUUCUUCCAUGCUCCUUCUUUCCAAUGUGAUACCUAAUUUUUCUUUAAAUCAUCUGAUACCCUCAUCACCUUACUCUUAUCUAUGUUCACUUUCAACUUUCUACCUUUACGCACCCUCCCAAACUCAUCCACUAACCUUUGCAACUUUCCUUUAGAAUCUCCCAUAAGCACAGUACAAUCUCCCAUUUUGUAUUUGAUUUCCCAUAAUUUAAUCCCACCCCUCUCCCUAACACCCUAGCAUUUACCUCUUUUACAACCCCAUCUAUUAAUAUAUUAACCAUGGUGACAUUACACAUCCCUGUCUAAGACCUAUUUUUACCGAGAAGUAACAAAAAAAAAGAAUUCUUUACUGUAGGCGAGUGAAUCAAUAAUUUGCUGUUAAAAAUCUUAAUGAAUCAAAUCAUAGUUAUGAAAUUUAAAGUCUUAAUUUGUUUAAAUUAAGAGGGAAUAAAAGAUAGAUUUGACCUGUAAAAUCAUAACAUGACUGUAAACAACUAGGGAACAGACAGGAUUCAAAUCCAUGGCAAGCCAGUUUUAUAAUUAGCAUACCAGUGCUCUGUCCACUACAUCAUGCUGGCCUAAACAGAUUUCAGCUAGCUUGUGAUGGGUUUGAAUCCUGUUUGUUCUGUGAGAAUUAAUGUGCUGUAGUAUGAGAGAUGGUAUGUCUGUCCCAGUUUUUCUAGAUACAUGGGAAGAAAU